AUGAGUUCGGAUGUGACGUCUGAGAGCUCAACUUUGGCGACGUUUGAUAUUCGUGGCAUUCCGAGGAAAUGUGUUUGCGGCUCUAGAAUCACCACUUUCACGGCGGAUACUGUCAAGAAUCCGGGGAGACCUUUCUACAGAUGUCUUACUCAAAGAAAGAACCACUUGUUUAAAUGGGUUGAGGACGCUGUUCUUGAAGAGGUUGAAGAAGCUUUGCCAAAGAUUGCACGACUUGAGGCCGAGGUAGCUAAAGGAAAAUCAGAUGUUGAGAAUUUAAAGGGCGUGAUAACUGAGUUGAUGGAAGAGGUUGUGACAACUAAAACAAAGUUGAAGAGAUGUGAAGUGAAGAUGAAGAUUGUGUGUGUGGUCAUAAGCUUGAUCAGCAUUGGUGUCGUAAACUAA